AUGGCUGACGGGCCAGUUUCUCAGUUGCUUUUGCAGCGGCUGGAGGGCUGCGAUGGCGGCUUGGACAGCCUGGAGCUGUCAAGCGCGCUGGGCCUGGAGCACCAAGUUGUGGUGGGCGCCGUCAAGAGCCUGCAGGCCCUGGGGGAGGUCAUUGAAGCUGAACUCCGUUCUACUCAACGAUGGGAACUUACACCUGAGGGCCAGGAGAUAGCCCAGGAUGGCAGCCAUGAGGCUAGAGUCUUCCAUAGCCUCCCUCCAGAGGGUCUGGUGCAGAGUGAGCUCAUGAGACUGCCCAGUGGGAAGGUGGGCUUCAGCAAGGCCAUGUCCAACAAGUGGAUCCGUAUAGACAAAAAUGCACCUGGUGGGCCCCGGGUGUUUCGUGCUGUGGACAACGUGGAGGACUUGGUGCAGGCAAAACUGCAGCUGGUACAGGAUGGGGAAGCUGAGCAUCUGAGUGAAAAGGAGAGGAAUGAACUGAAGAAGAGGAAGCUGCUAUCCGAAGUGACCCUGAAGACCUACUGGGUGAGCAAGGGAAGCGCCUUUAGCACCAGCAUUUCCAAGCAGGAAGCUGAACUCAGCCCUGAGAUGAUUUCCAGUGGCUCUUGGCGGGAUGUGAAGUUCAAAGCGUACAACUUCUCAUCAAAAGGCGUCUUACCAGAGGGUGGUCAUCUACACCCACUGAUGAAAGUUCGAACACAGUUCCGACAGAUCUUCCUGGAGAUGGGCUUCACAGAAAUGCCAACUGACAAUUUUAUCGAGAGCUCCUUCUGGAACUUUGAUGCCCUCUUUCAGCCCCAGCAGCAUCCAGCCCGAGACCAGCAUGACACUUUCUUCCUCAAAGACCCAGCAGAGGCCCUGGAAUUUCCCAUGGAUUAUGUGGAGCGUGUGAAGCAGACUCACUCUCGGGGUGGCUAUGGCUCUCAGGGAUACAAAUAUGACUGGAAGCUGGAAGAGGCCCAGAAAAACCUCCUACGAACACACACCACAGCUGCCAGUGCCCGGGCACUCUAUCGUCUUGCCCAGCAGAAGCCCUUCUCCCCAGCCAAGUACUUUUCCAUUGACCGGGUUUUCCGUAACGAGACAUUGGAUGCCACCCACUUGGCUGAGUUCCACCAGAUUGAGGGUGUAGUAGCUGACUAUGACCUCACCCUGGGCCACCUCAUGGGUAUCCUCAAAGAGUUCUUCACCAAACUUGGCAUUACCCAUUUGCGCUUCAAGCCAGCCUACAACCCCUACACUGAGCCUAGCAUGGAGGUCUUCAGCUACCAUCAAGGUUUGAAGAAGUGGGUAGAGGUGGGGAACUCUGGGGUCUUCCGGCCAGAGAUGCUGCUGCCCAUGGGGCUGCCUGAGGGCGUGUCUGUCAUAGCCUGGGGCCUUUCCUUGGAGAGACCUACUAUGAUCAAGUAUGGCAUCAACAACAUCCGAGAACUGGUGGGACACAAGGUGAACCUACAGAUGGUGUAUGACAGCCCACUGUGCCGCCUGGACACCUAGGCCUCACUGCUUCCCCUUGGAAUCCCCCUGCUCCAUGUGUUCAACUCGUGCUCAUUCAGAAACUGCUUGGGCCCUCCCAACUUCCCUGGAUGUCUAGAGCCAACCUGGACCCCCUCCUCCCCUGGACACCUGAAUAUGUGGAACUUAGCUUUGUCCCUCCCACGCCUUCCCUCCAUAUUUAUCUGAAAAGCUGAGCCCAGACUUUGCCCCUCCACCGGUAGGGCUGGCUUACCUCCCAGGGCAUCCUCACUACUCAUUUAGGGCUGGACCCCAGAGCAUGUCUUCUUGAGCCAGAGUCUCUUUUGUACCUUCACCAGAGCUGGCUUCUGUCUGCACUUGCCAAGUCUCAAGUAAGGCAGUAGCCAGAUAUUUGUCCUUGAAUAAAGUAGUUCUAAUUC